GUGAAGAAACAGAAGAGACUCUUGCCGCUGGCUCGCGUCAAAGUGCUCACGCGGCAAGUAGUCUUCCCGGCGAUUCUCGCGCAGACAUCUCUGCAUCGAGCGAACGGUUCUUUCCCAGUGCGGAGUUCGAUUCGGUAUAGCGCUUCAUCUUCUUUUCAUUUGUGCGAGACGCGGGAUUGCGGAUACACGGUAGCGCAGGUAACCCAUUUCGUCAACUCAGGAGGAGGGACUCAUUCCCCUUCGCAAGGAUGAAGCCCAUGGGCCGCGAGUACCGCAUGACCGGUUUCGGCGAUUUCCUGGAGUGGCGGAUCCUGCGAUUCGCCGAACCUUUGCCCAAGAUCAGGGUGUGCGGACUGUGCGGCGUCGUCGCGGCGGUGGUCAAGCUGCUGCCCUGCACGCACGUGCUCUGCGAGUGCUGCGAGGGCCAGGCCAUCGACGGAGGUCGCCUCUGUCCCAUCGAGGGCGCCAGCUUCGCCGGAGAAGAACUGCAGACCUUGCCGUUCUCCCGACGCGACCUGGGCGAGCGGCAGGUCUUCUGCUUCAACAAUACCGGUGACGGCGAACAAGGCCGCGGCUGUGACUUCGCGGGAAAACUGGAAGAGCUCGAGCGACACUUCGUGGUGGAGUGCUUCCACGGUCUCGUGCGCUGCUCCAAGUGCUCGGGCGAGGUCGCGCGGAAGGACGCCUACGAGCAUUACGUCGGCUGCGUCGCAGGCGACGACUGGAGUGCCAGUGGUGUGUCCUCCGACGGCAGGGUGAACUUCGUCGCCGAAGACGUUGCGCGCCUGGCGGCGGCGCUCAGGGACAUACGGGAAGGCCUGAAGAAGACCUCGUUAAACGACCCCGCGGGCGACUCCAAGCUCGCCGCGCUCCGACAUAGGGCCGACUCUCUGGCGAACUUCCUCGACUUCCUCGACCCCGGGGCCGAGAGCGGAGACGACGAGGCCGACGGGCAAUCUCAGCGCUUCAGUUGGUGCGACUCCGAGACAGGCACGGCGACGAUCUGCAAGUUCUCGGGCGUCGCGUCCAUGCGCAAGACGGACGACCCGCUACUCAGGCUCGGCAAGCCUCACGUCCUGGACGGCUACACCUUCAACUUGGCCUGCAAGUUCAACAGGUCGUGGGGCAAGCUCACGGGGGUCACGCUGCUGUUUGCCCUCUGCGCGGGAGACAAGGACGACGUCCUGGAUUGGCCGUUCGCCAGGCGCGUCACGCUGAGCAUAGCGCACACCAAGAGGGAAGGCAGCGACAUCAGAGUCCCGCUGAAGACGUGUCCCGAGAAGGACGGCGCGGAGUGCCUGAAGAGACCUCGCGCCGACGCCGCCCCCAAGUGGAUCCACUCGGAGAAGGUCAGCUGGAAGCAGGUCGAGAAGAAUGGCCUGGUCCACGACGACUGUCUGUUCGUCGCUGUUGCCUUUGAGUGAAAAGAAACCUUUUG